AUGGGCUUUCUUUUCGCUUUGCUGACAUGUGCGUUUGGUGGUACAGGAGGCGUGAAGUCGGUAUCAGUGAUGGAGGGAGAUUCUGUUACUCUAAACACUGGAUUAUCCAAUAUGCAGGAUCACAUAUUAAUGUGGAAAUAUGGACCUCAAACUCUCGUAGCUGAAAUCAUAAAAAGGGCUAACCUGAGCUUUAUGUAUGAUGGGAAAUUCAGAGACAAACUGCUUGUGGACAACCAAACUGGAUCUCUUACCAUCACAAACAUCAGUAUUACACAGUCUGGACUUUAUAGACUUCAGAUCAUCAGUCGGCAAAUAACAGUAAAGAGAUUCAACGUUACUGUCUAUGAAUUGCUACCCAUUCCCAGCAUUAGUAGGGAUUCUUUACAGUGUUCUCCAUCAUCUUCAUUGUCUUCAAAUCACAGUUGUUCACUGUUGUGUUCUGCUGUGAAUGUGAGUGCUGUGACUCUCUCCUGGUACAAAGGAAACAGUUUAUUGUCCAGCAUCAGUGUGUCUGAUCUCAGCAUCAGUCUCUCUUUACCUCUGGAGGUGGAAUAUCAGGAGAACAACAUCUACAGCUGCGUGAUCAACAAUCCCAUCACAAACCAGACCACACAUCUGGACAUCACUCAACUCUGUCAGCCAUGUGCAG